AGGUACUCCGAGAAGUGACAACGGUCGUAAUACUCCGCGAGGUGCCCCAACCCAACGAACGCCCCGUUUUGAUGAUGUCCACGAUGACUUGGAGCGAACGAAAAUGAAGAAUGUUGGCAAAAGCCCGAGAUCUAUGCGGUCUACUCCUCGAACAAACAUGUCACCUCACAGCAUGUCUCUAGGUGACGCUACUCCUUUAUACGACGAAAAUAUAUAAGAUUAUUUUAUAUCGUU